UUGUAAUUACAUCUGUACCAUCCUGUUCCAUACUUCGUUCCAUCGCCCUCUUUGCUCUUGCGGAGAACGAAGCGGAGAUUCUUCUCCAAAUUCGUCUCUUCUGCCUCGAAUCCCUUCUCCUGUUUCUCCAAAUCAACGGGUCCAUGGAACCAGUUGUGGUGGUUUCUUCACGCCAUAGGGGUUUUGAUCGCUUCCGUUGUGGAAUGGUGCGAUAAAUCAAUUUUGAGCCGUGGUUUCAGAUUAGGGUUGUCUGACCGGAGAGUGGGAGAUAUGUAUAGGGGUGGGAACGGAUUGAAGAUGGAGGUUGGAUCCUUAGAUCGGAAGCGGAUCAACGAUGCGCUUGAUAAGCACCUAGAGAAAUCCUCGCCGUCGACCUCCAGGGGUUUGAUCGUCAAGGAUAAGGACAAGCUCACGCUGCCGUCUUCCGCCUCAGGGAAGCAGCCGGAGCACCGUUCCUUGUCGAAAAAUAAAGGUUCCGAUGAAGAGUCAGAAACUGAUAGUGAAGAGUCUGAUGUCAGUGGUUCUGAUGGGGAAGACACCUCUUGGAUUUCAUGGUUCUGUAAUCUAAGAGGGAAUGAAUUCUUCUGUGAAGUUGAUGAUGAAUACAUUCAAGAUGAUUUCAACCUAUGUGGAUUAAGCAGUCAAGUGCCUUAUUAUGAUUAUGCUCUUGAUCUGAUCUUGGACAUCGAGUCUUCUCAUGGAGACAUGUUUACUGAAGAACAAAAUGAGCUAGUUGAAUCAGCAGCAGAGAUGCUCUAUGGCUUAAUACAUGUUCGAUAUGUAUUAACUAGCAAAGGGAUGGCUGCCAUGCUAGAGAAAUACAAGAACUAUGAUUUUGGAAGAUGUCCUCGAGUUUACUGCUGUGGCCAGCCUUGUCUUCCUGUUGGGCAAUCAGAUAUUCCUCGAUCAAGUACUGUGAAAAUUUAUUGUCCCAAAUGUGAAGAUAUAUACUAUCCAAGAUCGAAGUACCAAGGCAAUAUCGACGGAGCUUACUUUGGAACAACGUUCCCUCACCUGUUUUUGAUGACAUAUGGACACCUCAAGCCGCAAAAGCCAUCACAACAGUACAUUCCCAGGGUUUUUGGUUUCAAACUUCACAAGCCGUGACAAUCAAGUUAUGCUUCAAGAUGAAUCAUAUAGGAGUUAUUCGAGGACGGACUCCAGACUGCAUUAAGCAUCGACUAGUCAAUGAUUUAGGGUGCUAGUUUUACUGGGUUGCCCUAUACCGGCAUCAUUCUGCUUGUAUCUAAAUCAUGUUAAAGCUACUGAACAAUUGUAACUAUCUUAUGUUGAUUAUUUAUUUCUAUGCUUUCUUCGCCAA